AUGAGUAACGGUCCUAUCCUCGCCGAAUCUCCCAAUAACAGCUGCUCCUGCGACUCCCGGAGCAGCGACGGCGUUGGCGCUGAUGUGAGCAGCAGGAGCAGCAGGAGCAGCAGUACCAGCGUCUCUCCUGCUGUCGAAUCCGCCAUUCUUCCAGCGAACGCGUCGCUAUCUUCUUCAUUCUUUGACAUCGCACCACCUGCUACUCGUACUGACACGCCACCACCUUCCCGCUCUUUUUUGAGCUUGCUUCAUUUCGCUUCCCUUACCAAGCGCCAGCAGCAGCAGCCGGCUUCUCGUGCUGGCGUGUCAGCAGUGGGAGGCUCGCUGCUUGAAUUGCUCGAUGAGGGGUGGUUCUCCAGCAAUGUCGCCGCUUGGCCCCAUGAUUCCAAUUUAACCACAAUCCAGGAAGCCGUUAACGAGACAGAGGAUGCUGAUAACGGGGAUGCGCUUCCAGGGGUCCCGGAAACGGGGAGGAUUGCGUGUGCGCACGUGGAUUUAAACGCUCCGAAUUUCGCCAGCAACUUCCGCGAAGGUGCAGGUGGUGCGGCAGUGGAGUGCGCUUGCGCGUCGGCUGAUGACCGAACCAGCGGGGGUGCUUCGGCUGUCUCCGAACCAAGCGGUUGUUCCAGGUCUGGCAGUCCCGAGCCGGACCCUGAAGGCAGCUUCGGAAAGUACCGGCGCCGCCGCGGCCGGUCGGGAAGCAGGCGGCGACCGAAGCGCAGCAGCAGCCUCGACGCGGCGCGCAUGUCAAGACGCGUGUCGAUGCCUCCGCAUCCCCCGCUUCCGGCGGACGAAGAGCAGCGGGAUUCGAUAGAGACGCGGAGCAGCGAUGGCGAAUGCUACGAGCGCACUGCCUCCCCUUACGCUUCGUCCGGGCGGGGAGCAUACGCGGAAAGGCGGGGAAGCGCUGGAGAACAUUUCUCCGCGUUCCACCCAUCUCCCCCUUUCCGAUGGUCCGCGGGAGGUACGGGGACGGCGGAAGCGGAGAAUGGAGCGGGUGGGGGGAGUUGCGGAAGCAGAAGUUCGGGGAAGCCGCGGUAUUUGCGCACGCGGAGUGUGUCGGAUUAUGACUCGGCGGAGUACGAGCGCAACAGCUCGAUGCGGCAAGGCGCAUAUGAGGCGGACGCGGACGCGGAAGGGGGGGACGGGCUCCCCUUGACGCCUUCCGCGCGUGCAAGAAGCCUGACAGAGGCUGACGUGGAGGAACUCCGGGGAUUCAUGGAUCUGGGGUUCAACUUCCGCCAGGCGGACAUGAGCGCGCGCAUGACCGCCACUCUCCCCGCGCUGCGCCUGUACCAGGCCGUGGGGAGCGUGCAACAGCGACUCAUCUCCCGCCACCAUCAUCACGCCGCUCCCGCUACAGCCGCUUCCGCCACAGCCGUGGGUGCUACAGAUGCGGAAGGUGCUCACGGUGCUGCUGGCGGUGCUGCGGACGGCAGCGUGACCGUUGGGGUUGGCAGCGGCACCUCGUCGCCACGGAUCUCGUGCUCCCCUGGGGACCCAUUCGUUGUCGCCCGCUCCUCUGAACCCCAUGCCAUGGUACGACCGCUUGCCUGA